GCGCGCUGUAAGGUAACUGCAAACUUGAAGGCAGUUCAGCAGUACUCGCACGUGGGCUUUCGUUCGUGUCGGAUGUGCGCGCAUAAAAUGAGGCAGUAGCUAACAAUCGGGCACCCGUACACGAUACCAACACCGUUACUACAUAAGUAGUGUCGACAACAGUGUUGCCCGUUUCAAUUGUUACUGCGGAUUGAACGUGUUCAGUCCACGACUAAGAAAGAAACCGAGAAUUGAAAUUUUCGACGCGAUUCUGUGGUAAUGAAGUAAAAUUUCACCGUGACCCGAACGGCUGUUUGAACCUGUGCGCUGUUAAUUGGUCUGCGACGUCAGUUUUAUCGCCGAAAUAUUAAUCUCGCCUGCCAGGAGGAUAGCCACGUUAUUGGUGUUCAUCUUUUCACGGUGUUGUCCUCUUUCUCGUUGGGAUUAAACGGCAACUUGGUGAAAUCGAACGGUGCUCCAAAAGAUUGGAGACAACCAACAUCAGCGGUGUUCUAAAUGGUGCUAAGCCUGUGACGUGAUUAACGUUGACCAAAGUACCGUAGAAGGUGUCAAAAUUGAGCAAGUCGUCCUCCCGUCGUCCGGCGGUGAUCUCGCCAAAAUUUGGAGGAUGUUGAUGCCUGGUGCCGCUGGUCUCAGUGCCGUCGGUGCGGUAGGUGCUGCCGGGGCGCCAGCUCCGGACGAGCUGGUAUCGGGCCUUGGCGCGUUAGCCGGCGCAACGCCCCAACAAAAGGAUACAACUUGGACGAAAUUGUUUGUGGGUGGUUUACCUUAUCACACUACCGACAAAAGUCUUAGAGAACAUUUCAACGUGUACGGCGACAUCGAGGAAGCCGUGGUAAUCACCGAUAGGCAAACCGGGAAAAGUAGGGGAUAUGGUUUCGUGAUCAUGGGAGACAGGCUAGCAGCAGAGCGGGCUUGUAAAGAUCCGAACCCUAUAAUCGACGGACGUAAAGCUAAUGUGAACUUGGCGAUUCUUGGAGCAAAACCUAGAGGUACUCUACAAACGCCAUUCCCGUUUGCCGCCAGCAUCCGAGCUGGAUAUCCGACAGUUCUACCCGGCCAAUAUGGGGUGCCACCAGGUUACAUGUACCAGUCGCCAUACCUGGCGGCUGCGGCGCCAGGUGGUUUGGUAACGCUUCCGGCGACGCAAUUGACCCAUGCGGCGAUGGCAGCCGCUUCCCAAUUCUACGAGUAUCAGAACGCUGCCGCUGCAGCCGCUACAUAUCCGGGAACGUCAUACAACUUCACCGAGGCUUAUCCUUAUACCAGCGCGGCAGCGGCCGGUAUGUGUUUGAAAACUGUCGAGAGCAAGGGCAGCAACGGGCUGAUACACCACCACCAGCAGCACAACGGUAGCAACCCUGCGGUGCUGGCACAUCAACGAUUGGAGAAAGCUCUCCUGCCGCCGUAUAUGCCGUCCGUGCUACGUAGCAACGCGAACGCGGCAGCAGCGAGCUACAUGACACCGUAUACAUACGCGACGCUACCAGGUGCAGCUGCAGGAUUGCCAGCAGCCGCGGCUGCAGCUGCAACCGCAGCGGGCGCGGCGUUCCCUGGACUACCAUAUCAAACAAACCCGCAAGAAGCAAGAUUGCAAUAGAAGCCGCUGCGUAAAAGGGAAUUGAGUGCCGUCACCAAUUGUUCCAAGCGGCAUUAGAACACGCUAUUCAGGAGAAAAAGAACUUGAUCCUCGCCGCUACGUAAACAUUUAUUAUAGUCUUCGGCUGUCGAUCCGCCUCUUUCGUACAUUAUUCGGUGCUACGCAGCAGCACGAUGCAGUCAUUGUGUUUGAAGCCAUUCGGAGGUAUGCUCCGCGAGUUAAUUUUGGAAACGGCGGAGGGAUCGGAGGAGGCGAGAGGCGGGAAACCGGAUGGACGCUGCCGAGAUGCGACCUACGCUACCCCAUUUUGGAUCGACGGCUCCGCCACAUUUCUUACUAAUUUAACCUUUAAUCUUCCGCGUAUUCAUCUUCCUUUACACGUUCUCCUUUAUAGGGCCAAACUUGGCACGCUCGGCCAAUGUACUUCUAGAUACGAAACGGAUACCUAAGUGUUUGUCGUUAGCGUUUACGAUUAUUUAUAACCAAACGACACGGAAUGUAAUGUACGGGCAAUAGAGGCUUUCAAUAGACCUGCGGUCAUUUUUAGAAACGUCGGAUUCCUUGCACGUUCGACGAUUCACGUCGAUUCCCGUAUCGAUACGCUUGAAGAUGAACGCAGUCAGCAUGCGUUGAAAUGGAAUCGUAAGACUGGUCCGUAUUCAGGAUUGAUAUUGCUAUUAAUAAUAUUCCGAUCUAUGCACUGUUUAUGACACAGCUCUUAAUUAUAUUGGCAGUAGCCAUAUAAUCCUGCAGUCUAGAAAUACGAUUUUCAUGUUUCAAAUGUCAUUUCUGAAUAUUGAUCGAAGGCUACUUGUUUAAAUACGCAGUUACUGUUUUUAUAAUUAUUUCGUUUAUAUUUUGCAAUAUUUUAAUAUUUCCUGUAAAAAUAUAAACGAAUGAUACCACCUACUAUCCACGUAAAUUGCAGAAAUUCUUAUUCCUCAAGUAUGUGCAAAAUACGAUUUGCGACAUGUAACUUCAGAAUUUUCUAUUGAUUAUUAUAAUCAAAGCAUAUCACUCCUAACUAACAAUACUUAGGUUGUAAUGAAACCGACGUUGCCUUAGAAUCGCGAAACUGCGAGAUUACCAAGUGUCUUAAGAAUAAUGUCUUUCGUGCGUGAUUCAUGAAUGUUAUUUAAAUGAACUGAUAUCAAUGUUUUGUAGUACGAAUCCAAUGAGGACCAAAGGACGAACGAAUUGACGCUGCUGACUUUAUUGAUAAUAAAUACGAUUCAAUAAUGAUAUUAAAACAAAUAUGUCAGCAAAAUUUAAGCUAUUCAACAUUAGACGCACAGAGAUGGUUAAAACUUGUAAAUAACAAUAAUGAAUCCUAUUAAACAUUAUUAUUCUUACUUUAUAUUUAUUAAUGUAUAAUAAGUAGGAGGAAAUUGUAUUUAUACAAUACUUACGUCCCUCGAUUAAUACCUUGUCUUGUUCUAAAUACGGAUCAAUUUUUCAUUUCAUCGUUUAAUGCCAACAGCCACUACUCGUUUUUUAAUACGUUGCGAAUCGCAAGGUGCAAAGGAUUCGUUCGUCCAAUCAUAAAGUGAUCCGGUGCCUUAAUUAGCACGGUCGAGUAGUCUUAAAUGGUUAGAAACUAGUCACUGAUUCGUUAGCGCGAGCCUGUUCGCUAACGUAUAUACAGGGGUUGUAACUAAAAAAAGAAGACGAAGCGACAGAACAGUAAACAGUAAGAAAAAAAGAAAGAGGAAAUAGAAGAGCUGUUAACUAAAUAGCAAGAGAUACGGAGGAUAAGGGCUAUGAAGAAGAGGCUGUCUAGUCCAAAACCCUUCGAAGCCUUAGAUAUGAUUAAAAACUGAAUGUCUUAGAAUUUUAAGUAGUCGAUACAUUCGUAUGACGAUACGAAGAAGGAGGAAACCAAAAGUCUUUAUAAAAAAUUUAGGGAACGAUAUUGUUAUGAAGGCUUAACGUUAGGUAUUAGUUACAAUAAUCGUUCGAUUAAGAUAAUAGGAGGAUAAAUUAAUAUACUUCGAUAUGGUUAUUAUUUUAUUAUUUUAUAUUAUUAUUAUUAUUAUUAUUAUUAUUAUUAAUUAUAAUUAUUAUUGCUAUUAGUUAUUGAUAAUAUUAUUGACAUUAUUAAUUACUGUUCGUGUACUUAAUGACAAAGCAAAGAGAACACGCGUUCGACCGAAUUUAAUUACCGCGAACCGAUAGAAACAGUAAACGAAGAGAAGGACAGGAAAUUAUCUUUCUUCGCGAUUGAAGAAAGAACUACAGCGUUAAACCGUGAGAAAUACGUAUUCCUCAUCACGGGUACAAUGAUACCUAUCGAAAUAUCCUACAUUGACAAUUAGGAUCUACGGUUGUAAUAUAUCGUCUGUUAUCAUUAAUAAUAUUAAUAUUAUACGCUCUAUCAGUAGGUUAACGAAAAACAGGGCAUGAGAAAAGAGGAAAUAAUAUAUUGUCUCUGAAAGGAUACGAAGAGCGAAUGCGUCUUGAUCCUCUGAUGGAUCGUGACUAUUGUUGUCUGUUGCUUUCGCACAUCAUACGAACUCUUCGCGAGAGACAAAAUAUGAAAGAUUACCCGGAAAAUCGAAACAAAAAAAUGGAAUAAAAUCUUAAUUUUCAGAAA